AUCGGGGUGAAGAUGAGCCGAAGGGCGCAGUUGGUGUUGUGCGGGUUGUUGCUGGGCUGGUGGGCGCGCGCCGCGUCGGGCACAAUGCCGCACGAGGCCGGCACGGUGGCCCCGGAGCCGUGUCCGCGCGCGCCGCCCGACGCGCAGCCGCAGGACGCGCGCUACGCGCUGCGCGUCGCUGGAGAACCGGAUUUGUUCCUGCCUGGAGAACUAUACACUGUAUCUCUGCUAGGCGUCGACAGCGGCACGGGACUGUCGCCGUUCAUUGGCUUCACGAUGUGGGUGGAGCUCGAUGAAGACAAGGGCCCCGACGCCACGCAGUCGCCGCCGCAGGCCGCCACCAACCACUCCUCGCUAGGAUCCUUCCAGGCGUACGAUGCCCAGACAAAACAACAUGAAUUAUGUUUCCCCGCGGUGGACAAUGCUACUGCGCACCCGAAGACAGAGAUACAAGUAAUCUGGAGUGCGCCGUUGCGCGCCGUAGACCUGUGCCUGCGGCUGUGUGCGCGCGUCGAGCCGGCGAACGACAAAGGCGGGUGGUCGAUUCUCACACGCAAGCUAUGUGCGGCCUACGCAGCGCCCGCCAGCUUCACGCGGCAGCCGCCGAUACUAGAACCGUGCUGUGCGUGCGAUGAGGCCAAAUACGAGGUAACCUUUGAAGGACUAUGGUCCCGCAACACGCAUCCGCGGGAGUUUCCACCGGAGGGCGCGCGUGCGCACUUCAGCGACGUCAUCGGCGCCUCUCACACCGCUCAGUACCGCGUGUGGCAGGAGGGACGCGUAGCCAGCCCUGGGUUCAGGCGAUUGGCCGAAGACGGUGCCACUACUUCUUUGGAGAAAGAGCUGAAGGCUGAGAGCGACCACAUCCGCACAAUAAUCAAAGCCCGCGGCAUAUCGUGGCAGCAGGUGGCCGGCACGGGAUCGCCCAGCACCUUCGCCGUGUUCCGAGUGGAUGCCAAACACCACCUAGUGUCUCUGGCCGCUAAACUAGCGCCGUCCCCAGAUUGGAUAGUUGGCGUGUCUGCUCUGGAACUCUGUAAUGCGAACUGUACCUGGAGCACAUCUGCUACGUUGCCACUUUAUCCGUAUGACGCGGGAACUGACAGUGGUAUUGCGUAUACGUCCCGGCGGCAGCCGUCGGUGCCGGCGGCGCCGGUGCGCGCGCUCCGGCCGGACUGGCCGCGCGACGCGCGCUCGCCCUUCUUCAGCGCUACGGGCGAGAUGCGGCCCUACGCGCGCCUGCGGCUCAACCGCCUCCGUCUCUAUGAGAAGAGCUGCGAUGGCACUGGCGGGCCGAGUCCGGAGCACAAAUCGGAGCUGGGCGCGGCGGGCGCGUGCACGACGCACACUUGGGGCGCGUGGUCGGCGUGCAGCGCGACGUGCGGGGCGGGCCGCGCGGCGCGCCAGCGCCACUACGUGUGGCCGGCGCGCGCCAGCAACGAGGCGUGCCGCGCGCAGCUCACCGACCACCGCAAGUGCCGCGGCCCGAGGAUGCACUGCAGAGCGACAAGCGAAUACGAGCCGGACCCGGCGGAGUCGUCCGGGCCGUGCGCCGUGACUCCGUGGUCGGAGUGGUCCCCGUGCGAGGGCUGCGGCGUGCGCGCGCGCACGCGCCACUACGUCGUGCCGCGCGCGCACAAGCGCUGCCACAUUGGGUACAAGGCGCGCACCGUGCUCAGCCAGGCGCUGCCCUGUGACGCUGGCCCUUGUCACAGACCUCCUACAAAAGACGGUUCGAAUUCAUCAACAAUUUCGAAUUUCGACUGGUUCUUUAUGGACGUCGGUACCGAGGCGUGCGCGGUGACGGCGUGGGGCGACUGGUCGCCGUGCUCGGCGCGCUGCGGGCGCGGGCGGCGGCUGCGCGCGCGGCUGUACCUGGCGCGCGACACGCGCGUGCAGCGCGAGGUCACGCGGCGGCUGCUCGCCACCUGGAGCCAGCGCUUCGCCGAGUUGCAGCAUCUGGAUAUUCCAAUGGAGAACACUACCCUAGAUGACCCCGAGCUGGAGAAGGAGGUUCAGGAGCAGAUGGACCGCUGUCAGUUUACUAUGUCGCAGCAGGAGGCGCUGUGCGAUGGCGAGGAUACGGGCUGUCUCGACUCUAUUACGAAAGGUUUGAUUGUCGAUGUAGAAACGUGCUCGUUGCCGUCGUCGGUGGGGCACUGCCGCAGCUACCAGGAGCGCUGGUUCUUCGACGCGGCCGGCGGGCGCUGCGAGCCGUUCGGCUACUCCGGCUGUGGCGGCAACGGCAACAACUUCCCCACGCACGCCGAAUGCCUCAAGCGCUGCGGGCACGCUAACAAUGGUGACCGUUCGGCUACUCCGGCUGUGGCGGCAACGGCAACAACUUCCCCACUUACAGCUACAGCGGCCACAACUACUGAAACGAGUGCGAAGAGACUGAAGUCGACUCUGUCGAGUGCGGACAACGAGGUGAUUCAAAACGAUGCACCUGUUCAAGAGGACGUGAAUUGUGAAGUGGGCGCCUGGCUCGGCUGGAGCAGUUGCUUCGGGGACUGUGAGCACGCGCUCAAGCUCAACUACAGGCUAGUGCAGACGGCUGCCUCUGGUUCUGGCAAACCGUGCCCCAGCUUGGUGAAGAGCCGCCCGUGUAAGAUGAACCACUGCCGUAAAACUACUUCCCUGCCUGCUACCGACUCCCCUAGGGGCGAAGCAUAA